AUGGAUGUCUCUGGAUCAAAACAUAUAUAUAGAAGGAAAAUAUUGCGCUUGCUUUCUUGUUUCUCUUGUACCCGAGAUCAGAGUAAACGCAAACAUAGAUCCCAUGAGGUGGGAAAACACCUCUGUAGAGAAAAUAAGGCGUUGAGAGAGGAAAACAAGGCUCUGCGAAAAGACAACAAAUGCCUCUGGGGGGAAAACAAAGCCCUGGGAAGAGAAAAUGAGACCUUUCGGAUGGACAACCAGUUCAUCAGGGAAAGAAAUCAUAUCCUAAGGCAGCAAAACCAGCUACUCCGGAAGGUGAAAAGGUUGAUUUUAGAGAACCCAAAGCUGCCUGGCGAAGAACUCAGUGCCUUGAACACAGAAGGAAAUACUUUCUGGCAGCAGAAUCGAGCCAUGGAGGCUCAGAUCACAGCUCUCCGACAACAAGAGAAAGCCUUCCAGAAUGAGGCUAAGGCUCUACAUGAAGAAAUCAAAUCCCUGCGUGAAGAGACCAAGGCUCUCCAGCACCAGGAGACAGCUCUCAGAUUGGAAGAAAAAGCCCUGAUGAAGGAUAGAGUGGGUGCCGAGCUGGAGGAGGCCCUGACAAAGGAGGGGGUUGCUCUAGAGAUGGAAGAACAAGCUUUGUGGAAGGAGGAGGAGGCUCUUCGGGAGGAGAACAAGGCACUGAGAGAAGAGCACGGGGCUCUACAAGAUGAAGAAACUGCCCUGCAGGAGGAGGCGAAAAUCCUGCAGGAGUGGAAUAAUCUUCUUCAGGGGAAAAUCACAACCACCCACUCAGGAAAAGAUGCACAAUAA